GCGCCGCCGGCCAUGUCGACGCUGAGGGGGUUGGCGUCCGCCGCCUCCGCCUUAACGGCGCCGUCGACCGUGAGCCAGGUCGUCGCCGCGCCGUGGCGCUCGCAGACGGCCGGGAGCCGGGCCCGCGCCGGCGCGAGCAGCCGCCCGAAGAACGCCGGGCUCGCGACGACGGACCGGCGCCAGGUACCGCAGACGGCCAUGAGCGUGCGGCCCGUGCGGUGGCCCGCCCGCGUCGCGGCGGCCCACGCGGGCCCGCUGCCCGCGGCGUCGUCGCUCGCGGGAGCGGCGAGCCAGCCGUGGACCUCGCGGCAGAGGCUGUCGAGGAGGAGCACGCGAUGGGCCGCGCUCUCGCUCCGCCGGCAGUUCGACUUGACGCGCAGGUUCGACGUCGCGUCGCAGAGCGCGCGCAGUUGCCUACGAGAUGGAGGCGAUGAUCCAUGUGUUGCCAAAAGAAGGUGGGGACGCAGCCCGACGCGCCCAUUGGAGUUGCUGCGCUUGAACUCGGGCGCGAGCUCGCGCAGGUCGCCGGUGAUCAGGGACAGGAACACCCGGUCCGAGAGCUCCAUGUCGCCGGCCAGAAGCCCACGAUGUCACUUUUAAAGGCUUGAGAGAGUUGUGUGAUGUAAUGGGCGCGGUCCGAAACUUUGUGGCGCCGUCAGGGAUAUAUAUGCGCGGCAACAUCACAUUCAACAUCGCCUGCGGCAAAACAAGAGCUAUGAAGCGCCUCGGCGUCACGGCCCUCGCGGGAAUCGCCCGCGGGUCCUGGGUCGGGCCGAGCGACUGCGUGCGCGACGCCAACGGCUGCUGCGCGUCGGCGGGGUUCUUCUACUGCGGGUCGUCGGGGCGGUGCACGCACGACUGGGACCAGUGCGAGGACGGCCUCGGCGACGCGCCGUCGUCCUGCGCCCUCGACUACGAGGUCGGCGGCUUGAGCGCGUCCUUCGACCUGAGCGCGCUGCGCAUCCGCACGGGCAGCGUCGACUACGAGGCCAACGGGUCCAGCGCCGCAAAGAUAAUCUUCAACGUCUGCGCGAACGCCGCGACGCCGCGCGCGUGCGUGAACACGACGGGCGCCGACGGCGCCGCGUCGACGUCGCCGGCGGCGGCCUUCGCCGUCUUCGACGACGACGUCGACGGCGCUCACGAGCGCUGCGCGCGGCUCAGCGGGUCCGCGUCGCGCGACGACACGUUCGCGGCGUCGCCGCUCGACGCGGCGCGGCCGACGCGCGGCGUCGCGCUCGACUACGCCGGCGGCGACGUCUGCGGGGCGACGGGCGCGCCGGCGGCGUUCCGGCUCGACGUCCUCUGCGACGAGGCGGCGACGAGCCCGUCCCCCGCGGCCUACGCGACGACGCGCGAGGCGUGCGCGUUCUCCGUGGCCCUGCGGUCCGUCCACGGCUGCCCGCUGGCCUGCGCGCGGGCGGCCUCCGGCGCCGUCUGCGGCGGCCACGGCGACUGCGUCUGGGACGCCGCCUGGGGCGCGCGCUGCGACUGCGACCGCGGCUUCUCGGGGCCCGCGUGCGACGGCGGCGCGGCGCCCGCCGCGGCGCCGGACCCGGCCGGCGCCGGGGCCUCGAGCCUCUGGAAGUGGCAGACGGCCAUCGUCGUCCUCGUCGCCGGGGCCGUCGCCGCGACCGUCGGCGUCCGCUGCGACGCGCUCCGCCGGGCGCGCCGCUCCGCGGUCCGCUGCGGCUCCGACACGCGGUACCGCACCGUCGACGUCACGGACGACGACGACGCCGGCGUCGAGAUGGACAACUGCGGGCGCUACCGGUCGCCCCUCGACCCCUGGCCCGACGACGACGAGGAGGUCAAGGCGGCGUAAUUUAGACAGUGAAGCG